ACUGUCAUGUGACUCUGAGGAGAGUGGUCACAUGACCGACACACUCGCACAGAACGAGAAGACAGCAAAUACGCAGCACAGCGAGAGUAGUAGCGGAGUUCAAGGUACUAUAGUACUAGUAGUAGGCACAGUAUUUGCUCCACGAGAACAAACACAACAAUGGACCUCACUAGAAUCGGGGUGAUUUUAUUUAUUUUACCGUGCGCUUAUUACUGCAUCCCUCCUCACGACAAAGCAGCCGAAGUGGCGAGGUUUGUAGCACAUAAGUGCGACUGGGCUUCAAUUUCGACCAUCUCUACCCACGACCCCGUGAAAGGGCAACCUUUUGCCAAUGUGUUUUCUGUAAGCGACGGGCCGAAGGCGAAAGGUACCGGAGUACCAUACAUGUACCUGACAGCUAUGGAGAUCUCUGUGCAAGAUCUACAGGUGAACCCCACAGCCUCUCUUGCGAUGUCACUGGCUCAGACAAACUACUGCAAGAAGCACAGCUAUGACCCACAAAGCCCCCUCUGCGUUCACAUCAUCUUGUCAGGCUCAGUAGUGAAGGUGAACGACACAGAAGCCAGUUUUGCAAAGCAAUCCCUGUUCAGUCGGCACCCUGAAAUGGUAGACUGGCCCUCAGAUCAUGGGUGGUUCUUUGCCAAGAUGAAUAUCACUCAAGUAUGGGUCCUAGAUUACUUUGGAGGGAUCAAAACUGUCACACCUGAGCAAUACUUCAGUGCUGAGCCUUUUAGCACAACAACAGACUUUGAAUAAACUUUCAAUAUACUGCUUUGAAAAGAUGAUUAAAGGGACAGAAGAACCAGGAUCCUUUAUUCUGUGUGUAUGUGCCUUAUAAUACAGUUAUACACCUUAGUAGCCAGUUCUGAAAACUGUCAUGCUCAGGGUCCUACUGAAGCAUGUUCAGAGAGGAAUUAAACAAUGGGAACUGUACAAACCUGCAAGAAUACUCUUAAUUCCAAGAUGGAGCAGUGGAAGUGUUGUUCUGAGUAGUUUCUUGCUGGCUUUAUUUUGUGAAAACAUUUUUCUGAUAAUUUGCUUUUACUUUUGCACUUGCUUUGCACUGAUUGUUGCAGUUACAUCUGGUUACCAGUGAGUGGAGCCUAUCCCCACAUUUUUAACUCCAGUAUUUCAGUAUAGUGUGGUACCCUGUAUCAUAAUCUAGACCAGUGGUUCUCAAAUUGGAGUGUGGGGAACUCUGGGAGCUCACUGGGGUUGCCCAGGGGAUCCCCAGAAAAUUCUAUAAAAAAUAAAAUGAAGAAAAUUUGAUAUAUAAAAUAGACACUGGCUAUGUUUACAAAGACUUUCGGCGAGCCACAGCGGUACAUUAUCUUCCCAUAAUGCACUUUUUUGUCACACACUUUAUUUCAUUUUUAUGAAGUGUGUGAUAAAUAGACCCAGAGAAGGUUUCCUGGCCAUUGUCAGUUUUUGAGAAAUAAAACAGAAUUGCAUUGUACUGCACAUUUGAGGUUGUAGUGAGCCUGAUACACUCAAGUGAAUCAAUUUUAUUAGCAAUAAGGCAAUUAAGAGAUUUUUCAAAAUGUAUUUUUGUAAAAAAUAAAAAUAAAUAAAUAAAUAAAAUAAAAAAAAACAGCAAAUGCUUUCGGUUUUAAAUAUAGUUGUAUUACAUUUCUAUGGUAACACUAUUUGCUUGCUUAAAAUAAAGGCUUGAUUUCAUCUGUA